CGCCGGGAAGCAGAGCCCACCCCCUUACCAAUCACCGCCCGUUUUCUAUCGACCGAUGGGGCCUGUAGCCAAUAGGAAUAGCUGAUCCCGAAAGGACUGGAAUGAGAAGGAGGAGCUGGCGAAACUCGGAGGUGUGACUAGCACCACCGAGGCGUGGUCACAGAGUAAGCUCCUCCCCGGGUUGCCGAGCCCUAAAGUAGAAUUAAUGGGCGGGGUUAAAGUGGAACCAACAGCCAAACACAAACUCUUGAGGGAAAGCACGACCAAUUGGACCAGGGUAGAGAGGAGGGGCGUUGCGGAGAAUUUUAGCCAAUAGAGAGUAGAGAUCUCAGGACUGUAGAAAGUCUUCCAAUAAGAAGCGCGAAGGGCGUGCCUUGACUCUUUCACUGGGGCGAGAGUAGGAUUUGCCCAAAACUCCCGGGGCCGGCCAAUGAGAGCGGAGGCGGAGCCAAGCUCGACCAACCAUAAAGCUGAGCUGAUCACAGCACCGUUACUGAGGCGGGGCGUAGGGUCUCCAAGCCACUAAGAUCUCAGCAGGGGAAGGCUCCGGAGCCUUCCAAUGCGGGACGCAGGCGAACUCUAGUUCUCCCAAUCGGUGCGCGGCGCCGGCAAUUCAAACUGACAGCCGGUUGGAAAGGCAGAGAGAGCGGAAGAGGGAGCAAAAAACGACGCGUUCGGUGACAGAGCCCCCAGCGCCGACUGAGCCCCCAAAGCGAUCUCUGCCCCGUCCUACCAACCCCACCGCGCGCUCCGGAGCGGCCGCUCGGAGGGAGACCUAAGGGGACGGCGGGGGGCACGAGGGAGAGCUGAGGGACGGGGGACCGAGAGAAACGGCGCGAGAGCCAGCCAGCACGCUGAGGGCUGGGGGCUGCCAGGAGAGAAGUGAAGGGGGGCUCGCGAGCGAGCAGAGCGGGGGAGGGUCCCGGGAGGACUGAAGAGAACCGGGGUUCGUCCGGGUGGGAAAAGCCAAGGGGAUUUCUGGAUCCUGGGAAGAGGAGAAAGAUUUCCAAAGACGAGGCGUGGGUAGGGACGCCUGGCCGGCGAUCCGGGGGAGGAGGGGGAGGAAUUGGAGCGCUCGGAGGGAGGGGCUUAGGAGGAGAGCUUUCAAGGAAAGACACUGCUGGAGAAAGUUUAGGGAAUUGCUAAAGGGGCGGGGGCUGAAGAGUAGAGGAGCCUUCUAGACGCGAGGCUGGGGGGCCUACUGUAGAGAAGUUCCGCUGGCCCCUUGCAGCUCGCCGCCCCCGCAACUUCAAACCCCACUCCCUUCCCCGAAAAUUAAAAGGAAAGCCACAUAUGCUGCUUCGCCCUGCUCCUCCUCAAUAAAUAUUACUUUCACCCUCCCACGGGAAAACAGAAAAGAACUCAUUUCCUUCCCUAAAGUUUAGGGCUUAGAAAAGCUCUAGACCUCGCAAUUUGAUUUUUAACCUGGGGGAAUCGAACUAGGAAAGUCUCCUCUUUCAAAAAUCCUACACCGCAUCCUUCCCGGGACGCCAUGUCUACCAGCACUUGUAGUUUCAAGGACCGGUGCGUGUCCAUCCUGUGUUGCAAAUUCUGUAAACAAGUGCUCAGCUCUAGGGGAAUGAAGGCUGUUUUGCUGGCUGAUACUGAAAUAGACCUUUUCUCUACAGACAUCCCUCCUACCAAUGCUGUGGACUUCAUUGGAAGAUGCUAUUUCACUGAAAUCUGCAAAUGUAAACUGAAGGACAUCGCAUGUUUAAAAUGUGGGAACAUUGUAGGUUAUCAUGUGAUUGUUCCAUGUUGUUCCUGCCUUCUUUCCUGCAACAAUGGACACUUCUGGAUGUUUCACAGCCAGGCAGUUUAUGAUAUUAACAGACUAGACUCUACCGGUGUAAACUUCCUACUUUGGGGCAACUUGCCAGAGAUAGAGGAGAAUACAGAUGAAGACACAUUAGAUAUCUCAGCAGAGGAGUGUAUUCGAUGAAUGGGAGGGAUAAUGAUAUGUAUAAUAUUCAGACUCUUUCCUAUGUAAAAUACAUAUUAAUGGAUUGACUUUAAAAGUAUUAGGAAGGAUUUACUACUGAUUUCUCUUUUUUGGAGGGGGGGAAUGGGACAUUUGUUGAUUUAUUUAUUUGCUAUCUCAGACUCAUUACCUGAAUUUAAUUUGAGCCAUUGUAGUUCUUUUCUUCUACUGAUUCCUCUUCCUCUCUCCACCCCUCCACCCAGUAAAGGUGCAUUCUUAAAUUCAGGUUGGAGAAGAUUAUUUCAUGUGUCACUCAACUACCUCACAAUCUUGGGGAAGUUUUCUUACAGUGAGAUACCAGAUACUCUUAAUUUUAUACUCUUGAAUAAAGGGCAUUCGUACAUAUACAUGUGUGUAUGUCAACCAAGCAUAUAUCCAUGCGUAUUACCAUGCAUACAUACGACAAGCUCAACUGGAAAUUAAAGUUUAAGAGGAAUUUUUUUUUAAAAAACCAAGCUGUUAGGUUUCCAUAGAUACUGGUUAUCCUGCCUUAUACUGACGAAAACUCCUUAAAAUGGAACAAGACUUUGUGAAUCAGCAAAUAGAAUAAGAUAAAACUUUAAAAUCUAUGGAGAAAAUCUCUUAAUUCCUCAGCACGAUGUUAGGUAAAUGAAUUUGUCACAAGAUUAUCAAUAUAUACUGUUUAGGAACAUUAUUUAUUUACAUUCUUCUAAAGUCAUAUGGUUAUUGUGUUAUGAAAGCAGAUCAACUAAACCUCCAUCUUUAAGUUAUUCUCUUCUCUAGGACUUUCUCUGUAAAUAGCAAAUUUUAAAUGUGUAGUCUCAGUUCCAACCCUUAAAUAGAAAAAAACUAAAGAAGUGUUUUGCUUAAGCCAUUAUACAUUAUAAAGAGAAUUUUGUUUUUGUUUUAAGCUGCAUUCAGAGCCACCCAGAAAUAGGAAACUGGGAUGGUGUUGGAUUGUGAUUUUAGGUACAGCUAAAGUCAGUGUAUCGCCUUAGUAAUACCUCAGCUGUAGGCAUUUUGUCAAUAGUGAUACCAAAACAGACUGAGUUGCGGUUCUGUAAAUAAAGUUUUGUUGUAAAAAUGACCA